AUGCAUGUUUGUGCCUGUGUGUGCCUGUUUGUCUAUGUCUACGUGUCAGGUCAGGUCUUAGACUCCAUUCCUCUGAGAACAUCUAAGGCCCCCUCAGAAACAAACCUGGAGACCAUGUUUGAGGAUCUGGGCCUGGAACAGUACUACAGAGAGAAGCUAUCACUAAGCACAAUACUUGAGAUGGGUGAGAAGAGCGUUAAUGAUGAACCUGCCAAGUGCAAAUCAGACCUCCCAUGCUAUUUUCUUAAAAAACUCAUUAUGGUAAAUGUGACAGCUAGGGAUAUGACAUAUAAAUCAGUGUACACAGAUGACUUGAUAAACCCCCUUGACAUAAUCACUGCUCUCUUUCUAUGUUCUGAUGGUUUUCUGCAGCAGGAAAUGGCACUAAAAAUGUCCAUGUGUCAGUUCUCUGUUCCUCUGCUGCUUCCCAAUUGUGACACCAAUCAGUGCACACUUAUGCUGUGGGCCAUGAGAGACAUUGUUAAAAAGUACAGACCUCAGUCUCUGUCAGAGUCCAAGGGCUUCAUUGAAGACAGAAUCGUUCUCUCUGAACUUCCAAUGAUCUCUUUUGUCAGACUGGGUGAGUGCUCCUCGUCCAAGUCAGAGAUUCUCAAUAAGGUUCUGAGCAAUUCUCAGCAGUACCAUGACACCUUUGUUCAUCGCAACAUGGAGUGUGGUGACAGUCCAAGAAGAAUAUCCUACGGAUUGACUGAAAUUACUUGGUAUCUUCCUGGUGGAAACACAAACAGUGAUAUUUUCAGUCAGCCAGUGGCUGUAGCAAAUCUACGUGGGGACAUUGCUUCAUUUGAAACACAAUACUCCUUUCUGUGUCAGACAUCUGCAGCAGUUUUUGUGUUCUUUGACGAUUUAGGCUCUGAAUCUGAAUUCAGUCUACUUUCCAACCAACACCAUAAAGCACAGAUCUUCUUAGUGGGUAACUAUCAGAGAAAGAGUUUCAGUGAAGAUACUUUGAAAAGACUCGCAACCAAAUUGGGCUUAAAUAAUAAUAACAUAGUUUUAAAGACAGAACAGAAAAAUGAUGCAAAACUCAUAAAGGAUCUGAGAAAAAAAGUCAGAGAUGUGGUGAGGAACUCAAAGACGAAGAUGGCAAUAGAGCAGAUGGCAGACAUUGCCUAUGAACUGGGAAUCCUUGUUGAUGAAGACUCUCCAGAGUGUCAGACUGCAAAGACAAAUGCAGAGGCCAUCACUGCAGAAAUUCAAGACAUCCUUAAAUUCAAAGAAGAUCAGCUUCCACGGCAAGGUGAAAUAUGGAAAGAACUGACCUGCUUAGAGAAGGAAGAAUUUCGACUUCGAAAAGUUGGCUCUAAAAAUAUUGAAGAUUACAAAAGUGAACUUCAGCUACAGAAAAAUGAACUGCGGAAAAAGCAGAACUCUUAUGACAUGUCAACAGCUAUGACACGGUUCUUUGAUGCAAUAUCAAGGCUAGGAACAAAGAGGUUUUAUUUCCUGAAAUGGAUGCAAAUGAACCUGGAUAACCUGUCUCGUGUAAAACUGUGUCAACUUUGGGAGAAAUAUAAAGAAAAAUGCAAGAACUCUGAGAACAAAGAGGAGAUCAAAGAAAUUGACAGACAAAUUUCCAACAGCUCACUGAGGAUUGAACACUUCUUCCGUGAAAUGGGUCAGAUCUAUGAAGCUUCACUGUCCCUUCUACAAACAGAUCCAGCACGUCAGCAGCUGCAGCAUCUGCCCAAACUGUGUGCAGAGUUGUUGCUUGAUGGAUUUCCUCUUGAGCUUGUAGAUGGAGAUGCAUCCAACAUCCCUCUCAGAUGGGUGAGUGAUGUUCUC